ACACACACACACACAUACACACACACACACACAGAUCCGGGUGGGGGGAGCGGCAGCGCCAGACAGCGCGAGCCUCUGAGAAAGCGCGAGACACGCGGGCGCGUGCUGCUCCGCCGCGGUCCCCACGGCCCCAGCUGGAGCCGGGAGCCACCCUCCGCCCGCAGGCGAGCGCCGGUCCGGUUAUUUAAGCGGCGGCCGCGUCCGCCCGCGGCGGCUGCUCUGCUCCCCCGCCUCCCCACGCCUGGGUGCGCUCCCGACACGCGGCCGCGGCGGCGGCGACCCGCGCGCGCGUGUUUUGUUUGGGAGCUUUUGCCUCCGGGCCCGCCGCGGGUGCCACCUCACUGGACGCCGCCCAGGCGUCCCCGAUCCCGAUCAAACAAAUAAUAGAAGUCUGUUCAAGCUUUGUCCUGACCUAUUCUGGAAGUAGAAGAAUACCCUGGAGAAAGGAGCAUUGUCAGUACAAAGAAUAAGACUCCUCAAUCCUGGGAGAGAGAAUUAAACUCUAACCCUCCAAAUGGCUACUCUAAUGUGAUGCUGGGAUUGGAUUUACCUAGGAUAGCAUAUCAAGGUUGACCUAGAAGUCUUGUAGAAGAUCUGGACAAAAUAGGUAUUAGGUCAUGAUGCAGGAAUCUGCGACAGAGACAAUAAGCAACAGUUCAAUGAAUCAAAAUGGAAUGAGCACUCUAAGCAGCCAAUUAGAUGCUGGCAGCAGAGAUGGAAGAUCAAGUGGUGACACCAGCUCUGAAGUAAGCACAGUAGAACUGCUGCAUCUGCAACAACAGCAGGCUCUCCAAGCAGCAAGACAACUUCUCUUACAGCAGCAAACAAGUGGAUUAAAAUCUCCUAAGAGCAGUGAUAAACAGAGACCACUGCAGGUACCUGUGUCGGUGGCCAUGAUGACUCCCCAGGUAAUUACCCCCCAGCAAAUGCAGCAGAUCCUUCAGCAGCAAGUCCUGUCUCCUCAGCAGCUCCAAGCCCUUCUCCAGCAGCAGCAGGCAGUCAUGCUGCAGCAGCAACAACUACAAGAGUUUUACAAGAAACAGCAAGAGCAGUUACAUCUUCAGCUUUUGCAGCAGCAGCAACAGCAGCAGCAGCAACAGCAGCAACAGCAGCAGCAACAGCAGCAGCAACAACAGCAGCAGCAGCAACAGCAGCAGCAACAGCAGCAGCAGCAGCAGCAACAACAACACCCUGGAAAGCAAGUGAAAGAGCAGCAGCAGCAGCAGCAGCAGCAGCAGCAGCAGCAGCAGUUGGCAGCCCAGCAGCUUGUCUUCCAGCAGCAGCUUCUCCAGAUGCAACAGCUCCAGCAGCAGCAACACCUGCUCAGCCUUCAGCGUCAGGGACUCAUCUCCAUCCCACCUGGCCAGGCGGCGCUUCCUGUCCAAUCGCUGCCUCAAGCUGGCUUGAGUCCUGCUGAGAUUCAGCAGUUAUGGAAAGAAGUGACUGGAGUUCACAGCAUGGAAGACAAUGGCGUCAAACAUGGAGGGCUCGACCUCACUACUAACAACUCCUCCUUGACUACCUCCCCCACCGCUUCCAAAGCCUCACCACCAAUCACCCAUCACUCCAUGGUGAAUGGACAGUCUUCAGUCCUAAGCACAAGGCGGGACAGCUCAUCACAUGAGGAGACUGGAGCCUCUCACACUCUCUAUGGCCAUGGAGUUUGCAAAUGGCCAGGCUGUGAAAGCAUUUGUGAAGAUUUUGGACAGUUUUUAAAGCACCUUAACAAUGAACACGCGUUGGAUGACCGGAGCACUGCCCAAUGCCGAGUGCAAAUGCAGGUGGUCCAACAGUUAGAAAUACAGCUUUCUAAAGAACGAGAACGUCUUCAAGCGAUGAUGACCCACUUGCACAUGCGACCCUCAGAACCCAAACCAUCUCCCAAACCUCUAAAUCUGGUGUCUAGUGUCACCAUGUCGAAGAACAUGUUGGAGACAUCCCCACAGAGCUUACCUCAAACCCCUACCACACCAACGGCCCCAGUCACCCCGAUUACCCAGGGACCCUCAGUAAUCACCCCAGCCAGUGUGCCCAAUGUGGGAGCCAUACGAAGGCGACAUUCAGACAAAUACAACAUCCCCAUGUCAUCAGAGAUCGCCCCAAACUACGAAUUUUAUAAAAACGCAGAUGUCAGACCUCCAUUUACGUAUGCCACCCUCAUCAGGCAGGCUAUCAUGGAGUCAUCUGACAGGCAGUUAACACUGAAUGAAAUUUACAGCUGGUUUACGCGGACCUUUGCUUACUUCCGACGGAAUGCAGCAACUUGGAAGAAUGCAGUACGUCAUAAUCUUAGCCUGCACAAAUGUUUUGUUCGAGUAGAAAAUGUUAAAGGAGCAGUAUGGACUGUGGAUGAAGUAGAGUACCAGAAGCGAAGGUCACAAAAGAUAACAGGAAGCCCAACCUUAGUAAAAAAUAUACCUACCAGUUUAGGCUAUGGAGCAGCUCUUAAUGCCAGUUUGCAGGCUGCGUUGGCAGAGAGCAGUUUGCCUUUGCUCAGUAACCCCGGCCUGAUCAAUAACGCAUCCAGCGGCCUCCUGCAGGCUGUCCACGAGGAUCUCAACGGCUCCCUGGACCACAUGGACAGCAACGGGAACAGCAGUCCGGGCUGCUCGCCUCAGCCACACAUACAUUCAAUCCAUGUCAAGGAAGAGCCAGUGAUGGCCGAGGAUGAAGACUGCCCAGUGUCCUUAGUGACAACAGCGAAUCACAGUCCAGAGUUAGAAGAUGACAGAGAGAUUGAAGAAGAGCCUUUAUCUGAAGAUCUGGAAUGAGAACUGACUUGUGAGACCUCAGUGUGAAGGGACAUAUCACUGACCUUCAUAACCACUCUACAACCAUGAAUAUUUGACAAAUUUUUACUGUGACUAUUUAUUAACCAUGGAUAAAGGAGACUGCCCUAAAGGAACUUACUAAGCCAGCCCUUUGGGAUUCAGUACCAACAGGCAAAUCGCUUGUUUUCUUUUCUUUCUCUCUUUCUCUCUCUGUUUUUUUAGAAAAAGAAAAAGACAAAAACUGAUUUUUCUUAGAAAAAAAAAAAGGAACUGUUCUUUCUAUAAUGGCUUUGCCCAUUUAAAAAUGUGGCUCUUAAGGGUUCAUGAAAUGACUGAAUAUGAGGAUACAUGUCUUGUAAAAAGCAAACACGCCUCAUAUACUGCCAAAAAUAGUGUUAGUUUCAUUAAUGUGAAUUUUCCAGCAUUCAGUAGUUGUAAUGUUAGAAACAAUUGCUGGUCAAGUUCAACUUGUUGCUAUUGUUUUUAAUUUGCACAGGAGUAGUAUCAGAAAUUAGUGUCACUGCUUGUAUCUAGCUGAAUUUUGAACAACAGAACAUUAGUUUUUAUGUUGGUGCCACCAACUGUAAAUGACAUAAGUUAGUAAUUACAAAAACGCAGUAAUUAGACUGUUGCAACCAUCUAAAACCUUAGGCUUCCAGUCUGUGCUGUUAGUGUUAAGAUGUAAAGUGCAAUCCUAAGCUAACAUUAUCUGUGCAAGCACCAUAGAAACAUUUGCAUAUCUGCAUAGAUCUUACAACUGUACUCUUUACCUCCUUGUGAUAAAGCUUUGUCUACCUGCAAACACAGUCAAAGGCUACAGCUGCAAACCAAAGCCAACUCUAACCAUGGCCAAGAGCUCAAGGACAGAAGCAGCCACACGCUUUGGUCAGCCUUCUGUAACUUCAAUUAAUACAAAGGAACCUUUUCCAUGAACUACCUGCUGUUUUCUGAUGACCUCUGGGAUCUUUUCAUUUAGCCCUAAACCAAGAAUUAAAUAUGACAAAAACCACAACUAAAAAGCUAAUUCAGUCACAGAGUAAUCUUCUGAGACCAAAAGUCCAUCUAAAUGCAAUGAAGAUUUGCUUUCACUAAAGACAGAGGUGAGGACAAAAUCCACAGUGGAAGUUAUGAUAUGCUAGAAAGCAACAAAUGUGGAUCACUGACCAAAAGGAUGAUGUACUUGAUGCAAAUGCAGAUUGCAUAUUGUUAUAUAUAUAGAGUACACUGUGCUUUUGUUUUCCCCGAUCCAGUCACUUAUUUUUGGUGGUGAAUACAUGUUGUUAGAUGUCUUGUAUGGUCUGAACCUUUGUUGUGUACUAUUUUUAUAGACUUAAGUUAUAACGAAAAAAAAAAAACAAAAAAUAGGAACCAAACAGUAAAGGUCUAGUAAAGCCAAAAAUUAAUUUCAUAUUGAUUUUAAAGGGAUCUAGCUGAGUUUUUACACUGAAAGCAAAGAUUAUAGCAAUUGUAGUCCAUGGUAUUUAUUUUCAGUCAAACCAAAGUUACAUAUAAUUCUGCCUCUGCUUAUACGGGAUAUUAACACUAACAAUACUCUCCCUUUCAAAGACUUGCACAGGCCAAAUUGUUGGAAUGCUGGUUUUCUUGACAUCUCCAAACCCCCAAACUAUGAUGAUGCAUUAUGGUGUAUUGAAAAUAACAUAGUCAGAUAUUUGCUUAAAACCUAGAAACUUUACAUGUUGCUUUUCAUGUGCUGUGCCAAGUCUUGAUAAUACUUUUUUCCCCCAACCAAGGGACCUCAUAACCUGAUUAUGGUUAUUGCUUUACAAACAGUUUUGACAGAAGGUGGCUGCUAGAGCUUAACAUAUGUUCCAGUUCCAUGUUAUGGAGCUGGUUCUUGCAAACUAAGCUCAUCAUGUAUUCUUUGCUGAAGUCAGCAAAUAGAGUUAGACACCCAGUCAUCUAUCACACCAAAUAAAAGAACAUAACGGCUUUCAAAAGGGUUUUCCCACUUACCCAAAUGGCUUUCUGAAAGCUUCUACCUCUGCAAAAAGAAAAAAAAAGAAAAAGAAAAAAAAAGACAAAAAAGAAAAAAAUUAGAACAAUUAUGGCAGAUUGCAUGAAAUGUGAGAAACGUCACAGUAACUGCUACUUUUCAUUAUGUUGUCUUUGGGUCAUGAUCAACGAACGGGAAGUUUACCAUGCGGUUUCCAGAGAAGGAGUGGUAUUGUGAAGGAUGCUUUUCAGUCAUCUAGGAUCGUGUCAGGAUUAUCUGAAGGGAAAAUGGGUCUUUCAUGUGCAUGUUCAAAGGUUUUGAUGGACUGAAAGUAACUGUGAGAGCUCUACCAUCAGAAGGGUGGCCUAAGACUACAGUGCUAAAGUAUGCAUACCUCAGUUACAAAACUUUUGAAAGGAAGUCUCAGCCACAGAAUGCAUAUACCUGUAGAGUUUUGCAUGGGUUUUAUAUGAAUACAAUAAAAAAAAAUAUAGCUGCUUGCACAUUAUACCAGAAAAACCUCCAAAACUGCAAUUGCUUUGAAAAUAGAUUUUAGGUUUUUUGGAGUUUUCUGAAAUGCUUGGUCUGUAUUUUGAUAAUUGUGCAUAUUAUGUAAAAAUGUUGGUGGACCCAUAAAUGACCAGACUUUUUCUAAGAAAAAUGUUGCUUUAAUGCAUUUCAUGAAUUUUUACUUAUAUCAUUGCUUGUUAGUAAUAGCAAAUCUGCUUUUCUGCAUCUGCUUUGCGUAGCUAUUGUAAGGCUUUGAACUAAUGUAUGUAUUUAUUGCUUGAACUUCUGUGCAUACCUUAUAAAGCAUAAUGUCUGACAAUUUAAAUGGCUCAUGUAUUCUUGCUUCUAUCAAACUGAUUACGGGGACUAUGAUCUUUUGUAUACAACAAAUUUUAACUGUAGCACAAACAUCUGUUUAUGUAUUGGUGGAAUAUACCUGUUUUAUUUAUCUUUUUUGAGGUAAACUAAUUUUGAUACUUUUCAUUACUGUGUACUAUGUUCAUACUUUGAAUUCUCUGAUGUUAGAAGUCAUGGUUGAGAAUUGUAAGAGGUGUUAUUUGUUCUGUAUUCAUGGCUUUCACUGCUGAAUAAAAUAAAAGACCAAACCUAGGAUUUGAAAGAAAACUGUCUACCUCUAACACCAGGGAGUUAUCAGAUUUUAUUUUACGUAGUUUUAGUCUACAAAGACACAAUUGCUUAAACCUAGUGGGCUUAAGGCUUAUAUUCUAUGUGGUCAAAUUCAUGGCGCAGUAGUGCUGUUUGAAAAUCAAUUAAAAAUGUAUGUGAAUGUUACAAGUAUUUGGUAGAAUUACCGCUAACUAGGUUUUCUUUAGGCAACUCAGAUAUGGAGAGAAUGUCAUCAGCAUUCUGUGCCUACAGCUGCUUAACUUCAUAAGAAUGCAUUUCUUUCUGAUUAGGCAAUGGAAGAAUAGUCAGCUAGAAAUAGAGCUACAGAAGUACACUUAAAAUGAACCGUCCUGGACUCUAAUGUCCCUGGGUAGAUACAGUCACAAAAUCCAUUAGGUUAUUGCAUAGUUUUCAAAUUGGACAUUCACAUUUUAGAGAAUUUGUGAGACUUCAUACUACACAUGCCAAUAUUAGCAGGCAUUUGGACAACGGCUUUAUUAAUGCCAUAAAGCGAUUGAAAGAAACAUGGCUGACCCCUUGUAAUUUCACUAGUUCAGGUUGCAAUGAAAGGUGGUUUUUUCUUGUCCAUGAACACUUGGCAGAUCUUACCUAACAACAACAAAAAAGAAGGAUGUACAUUUUCCUACAGAAUUAAUGUAUGAACAGUGUGUCACUGCUCUUGGAUGUAAAAAUGUAUAUGAAAUCAUUUCAUUCACUUGAUUACAUUUCUGAACUAUAAAUAAAAAUCUAAUUCGU